AGUUGGUGAACUCGGCUCGGGCUACGUCACUUCCACUGACAACAAUGGCGGCCAAAACAGUUAUGGAAAAGGGAACCUCUGUUAUGGAGCCGCUGAAGGGAGUUCUGCUCACAUACUUCAUGCCAGAAUCAUGUUACGACUCUUUCUUCUUAGAUUUCAACUUUCUAGAUGUGCCAUGUCUGAAGAUAGUUCUCAGCAAAGGGUUAGGCAUCGGAAUCAUCCUGGGAUCACUGAUGGUAAAGUUACCCCAGAUUCUGAAGCUCAUGGGGGCGAAGAGUGCAGAGGGGAUGAGCUUCCACUCUGUGCUGCUGGAACUGCUGGCCAUCACGGGCACCAUGGCCUACAGCAUCAGCAACAAUUUCCCCUUCAGUGCCUGGGGCGAGGCACUCUUCCUCAUGUUGCAGACCGUCGCCAUUGGUUUCCUGAUUCAGCACUAUGGCGGGAAAACCGCGAGAGGCCUCCUCUUCGUGGCGGUGUACUUCAGCGUGCUGGCGGCGGUGCUCUCCCCCGCCAUGCCCGCGUCCAUGGUGACGACCAUGCAGGCCUCCAACGUGCCCGCCGUCAUCAUCGGGAGGUUGCUCCAGGCCGCCACUAACUACCGCAACGGACACACCGGACAGCUGUCGGCCAUCUCGGUCUUCCUGCUCUUCGCCGGAUCCCUCGCGCGCAUCUUCACCUCCAUCCAGGAAACCGGAGACAACCUGAUGGCUCUUACCUAUGUCAUAUCCUCUACCUGCAACGGCAUCCUCGCCCUCCAGUUGAUCUACUACUGGAACAGCGGCUCCAAGCAGAAGAAGAAGAGCGAGUAGGAAGUGGCAGGAUGUGGCAGGAAGUGACCCUACAGGA